AUGUAUUUACCUUAUAUUGAGAAUCAUGGAAUUGAAUAUCUGAUUAGGAAAAAUAUACAUAAUCUCGAAGGUAUAAAUGGUAAAGUAAAAACAAUUUUCGAAGAUUUUCAUGUUCACGAAAUAACAAAAAAUAACGUUAUUCUACAUUUGGAUGAGAUAAUAAAUAAGGAUAAAAUUAAUCAAAUUUUAGAAGACAAAGAAAAGCGUGAUGAAACAAAUAUUUUUCAAAAUAUAAGUAAUUCAGAUUUAUGUAUUCAACAUUUUAAAAAAUAUAUAAAUGAAUCUGAUCAAAAUGUUUUCAAAAAGUUUUUGAAUAUUUUGCACCAAAUAUAUUUACUAAAACAAAAAAAAGAACAAAAAAAUGAGGAUGAACAGUCCGAGGUAGAAAACAAUAAAAUCGAAUCUUCAAAUAUUGAACCUUUUCAAAAAUCAAAAAGAAAAUUCACAAUUCCAUAUUGUGUUUUAACAAAAUUUGAUGAUCCUACUUUAUACGAAUAUAAUGAUCAAACCAAUGGGGAUCAAAAUAGCAAAUCAAAUGAUAUUCUAUCAGUUGAUGAAAAAAAAAAAAUCGCAAGAAAAAAUAUACAUAAUGCUAUAAACAAAUAUUGUCCUUUUUUAUUAACUGAAACAAAAACUGUUACUAAAUUGGAUACAGUUAUAUCUCAUGGAAAUAUAUUAAGCGAUCAUAUAACAGACCAUUUAAAUGAAUCAGAUACAUACGAACACUUAAAUCAUCAAAUUAAUACUGAUCCUCAAAUCCAAAGUGAGCAUAAAGAAAAUGAUAAAAAACCUUUUACAAUCAUAGAAGUUUAUCCCAAUUUUAAUUGUCUUAAAAUUAUUACACCCCCUGAGAUAUUUGAUAAAUUAAAGUCGAAUGCUAAAAAAUUACGUUCUAAUAAAAAUGACGAUUUUGAAAAUGUUAUUUUAGAAGGAUUAGAAAAAUUAAAAGAUAUUAGUAAGGAUAAAAAUAAACAAAAUAAUCACGAUAUAAAAAUAUCCAUGGAAAAAAAAAACGAAUACCAUAAUGAUAUAAAUCAUCAGAAAGAUACUCAUUUAAAUUUAUUUCAAGAUAACCAAUUGGGGUCAUGUUAUGAUAGCAUAAUUAAUGAUGAUGGUAAAUGUGAUAAUUUUUCAAACAACUCGGUCAGAAAAAAACGUAAAAUAAACGAACUAUCAAAUGAAGAAAAAUUUAUUCCUAUAUUGAGUAACACCAAUAACUUAGAUAGCCAAAAAGCAGAUCAAGUAAGUAAAAGUGAAAAAAAUAUCUACGCAGAAAUUGGGAUCGAUACAACUGUUCCUAUAAUAAAAGAAGAAACGGAAAAAAUCGAAAUGAAAGAAGAAAAUAAACAUAAUUGCUUAAAAAACGACAAUAAUAGUUACACAAUCCCUCAGGAAAAGGAAGGACGAUGCUUAAGUAGUGACAACUUUAUAGAUAAGAUUAACAAAAUGAGAGGAGAAAAAAGAAGCAUAAAAAGAGAUAAAAAAUAUUUACAUUUUAACCUGUAUAAAGAAAAUAAAGAUAUAUGCGAAAUAUUGAAAAAGUUAAAAAUAAAUUUAAAAAAAAAUAAUUCUGAUAUAUCUUAUUGUGGAAUUAAGGACAAAAGAGGAAUAACAAUACAAAAAUUUUGCAUACAAAAAAUAAAAAAAGAAGACAUAUAUAAAAUGUUGAUUAAUAAUAACAAUUGGUGUAAUAAUGUUUAUCUAUCCAAUUUAGAAUAUAAAAAAAACAAAUUAUCUUUAGGAUAUUUAAAAGGAAAUUUUUUCAAAAUUUUAAUUAGGGGAGUAAAUAACAAUGAAGAUGAAAAAAUAAAAUUUCAUAACCUUUUUGAAAUUUUAAAAAAUUUUGGAUUUAUUAAUUACUAUGGCCAUCAAAGAUUUGGCAGUAAAAAAAUUAAAAAUUAUCAAAUUGGUAUUUCUAUUUUAAAAAAAAACUACAAGCAAGCCCUUUUUCUUAUCAUUGAAAAUACGGAUUUGGAUUCUGAGAAAAAGAAGACAUUGAUGGACUAUCUGGAUAAGGUGGAGAAGGAAUUUAUUCAAUCUAACGAUAUUAUCCAUAAAAGUGAAAAUGAAAGUAAAAAUGAAAGUGAAAAUAAAAAUGAUAGAUCAAAUGUCGAGCUAAAUGAAAUAGGACCCAUUGAUCCAAACUCAGGCCUAAAACCAGACAACGACACUCAAAUUCUGAACUCGAAUUCAGAUAAACCAAUAAAAAUCGCCACAAUAAAAAAUGAAAAAAAUUUCGAAAAAAAAAAAAAAAAAUACCAGAAAAAUAAUGAUCAUUUAAAUCGUUUUCUUAACAAAAAGAAAAACGAAAAAAAUAUAAUACCUAAUGAAAUAGAAGAAAUAAUCAAUUCGAUAUCAAACAAUUCUCAUGUUGAAAAAAUUAUAUUAGGGUCAUUAAAAAAUAAUCACAAUUUUAAAAAUGCAUUUAUGAAUAUACCAAAAGAUAUAUUUUCGUUGUUUAUACAUGCAACGCAAAGUUUAAUUUUUAAUAUUUUAGUUAAUAUAAGAAUGAACAAAUUUGGAUUUAAAAUUGUGAUAGGUGAUUUAGUUCAAUUAUCCCAUAAAGGCAAUUAUGGAACUGAAUUAAAGAGUCCCGAUGGAGUAAAUUCAGACUACACAUAUGACAGUAUGAGCGAAUCAGAAACAAAUUAUUCUGACAAAAAACUAAAUGACUCAUCUUUAAAUAAUGAAAUUGAUUUUGAUGAAACAAAAAUAAUUAUAAUAACAGAAGAAAAUAUUUCCCAAUAUAAUAUUUACGAUGUCGUUUUACCUCUUCCUGGUGAUAAAAAUACACUUUUCCCUUCUAACUUAAUUGAUGAAUAUAAAAAAGUUUUAGAAUCUUUUGAAUUAUCAUUUGAUCAUUUUAAAUCAGACAAACAUUUAUUUAAUGCAUCAGGAGGGUAUAGAAAAAUUGUAGUCAAACCAUCUAAUCUUCAUUCAGUUUUUAUUAAAGCGGAUUUAACGAAGAAAAACACAAUACCGAUAAUAAAAGGCGACUUAUACAAUUUAAUAAAUCAUAAAAAUGACCAAAGUGAACAAACAUACGACCAACAACUUGACCAAAAUAUUGUUUUUACUAACAGCAGUUUAUAUCAUGAUCAUCUAAUUAAAGAAAUACCAAAUUAUCAAGAAAUGUCGUCAAUUUUUUUAACUUGCUCUUUACCUAAAUCUUCUUAUAUUACUGUUGCACUUAUGGAAAUAAUCAAAUAA